CGACAUCGUCCUCAGCGGCUCCUGCCCGAAUCUCCGUGACAUCGUCCUCAGCUGCGCCUGCCAGAAUCUCCGCAACAUCGUCCUCAGCUGCCCCUGCCCGAAUCUCCGCGACAUCGUUCUCAGCUGCUUUUGCCAGAAUCUCAGCAACAUCGUCCUCGACUGCCCCUGCCCGAGUCUCUGCGCCAGACCCAGCCCGCCCGCCAUAUGCCUUGCGACCCGAUACCACACUGGAUAGCCUGCUCGAUGAUGGACCCAUGGAUCUCCAGACCGAGGUCAUCGCGCACGAUGCUACCACGCAAGCUUUGUUCGAGCAGAAGCGGACGUCGUGGGGCGUGCAGCUCGAGUUAGCUCGGGGUUGUUUGAGCGGCGACUGGAAUUGGGCAGACAUCACGGCGGACAAACUGGACCAGUUGUCAGGUUCCACCGCUGACUGCCUACCAAACGUACGAAGCAUCAUGAAGAAAGGCCAUGCCGCCGAAAGACCUCCUCAUAAUGCUGUGAAGACAGGAGCGGAGUAUGAUCGCGAGCAGGAGGCUAGCGUCGAAGGCCAAGGCCGAGGACUGGGCCUCAUGGGCCCGUGGCAUGACGCGGAUAACUGGUACGGUGGAAAGAUACAACAGGUCGUGUUCUUGGAUGCAGACGGCAAGACUUUCCACAUCGAAGAGCCCGUUGUGGACGCAUCGAACCGCUUCGCGCGCUACCUCGGAUCACGUCGUGUCCUUCAAUUGAAGCUACCUCCGCAAUUCCAGUACGACAAAGACGGGACGGCGGCCGCGCGUUUGUCGAGGAAGUUCAUCCUUCUCGGCCGCGUCUUUCUCGUGUUCGCGUCUAAGGAUAGCAAGGUAUUCUUGAUGGAGACAAAUGAGAACUACGAACGGGUUGCGGAUCCGAGACAGGGCGAUGAUCGUCGUCUUUCCCUUGGUCAAUUUCUCAGCUGGCAUAACUCGUUCUCGCGGAAUUCUAAACAGGCGGUCAGCAAAUGGGUCACUCGAUUUGAUCUCGGUCUAUCAACAUCUGUCCCGGUACUCCAGUUCGCACCCGAUGAUAUCGAGGUCAUUCCCGAUAAAUAUCCAAAGGACAUUGAUCAGAGCAACGCCUCGACGGAGCAGACAUUGACGGAUGGUUGUGGCUUCAUGAAUAUGGCUGCCCUUGUCGCCGUUGCUCGAUCCAUGGGUUUCCUCAGUCCGCAUACCGCCGUCCAAGGUCGUAUCGCCGGUUCCAAAGGCGUCUGGAUGCUACACCCUGUAGACAGAGAUCCGCAUUCUCCUCCUCGAAUCUGGAUUCGAGACUCCCAGGUCAAGAUCAAGCUUGGAGACCAAAGAUUAUGGAAGCGUGAACAUCUGAUCUUCGACUUCCUUGGUCCGUCACGCGUCACGUAUCCCGGGAGGCUCUCGAUGCAGUUCAUCAUCAACAUGGAGCAUAACGGGGUACCGAACGAAGCCUUUGCCUUGUUGAUGGACGACGGUCUCAGGGAGCAUAUUGAUCCCCUGAUGAAGUGGGAUGGUCCCGAAGCACCCCACCUUCUCCGAGAUGCGUUGGACAAGAUGGGUAACGUCUCCGGCUCGAAGGUACAGCAACUGGCAGGGAGUUCACGUCGUGCACUCGGUUUGGGCCAGAAGUUUGGGCGUGACAACGAGCAGCCUUUGGCGGGUGUGGAGGAUGGUGGGGAUCCUGCGGCUGAGGAAGCGGAAAUUUUCUGCCACGAGCGAGUGAUGAUGAUGCUGGCAGCGGGGUUCACCCCUAAGAACGCCAUCUACCUUCGCACAGAGCUCAGAGAACUGAUCUCGAGGGAAAUUGAGAAGUGGGUCAAAAACUACCAUAUUGUCAUUCCCCACUCCGCAGAGGCCUUCAUUGUCCCAGACCCCUACGGAAUUCUCGAGCCUGAUCAAAUAUUCUUUCAAUCAUCUGUACCUCUCAACGACCCUGCUACCGGAAUGAAUAUGAACAUAUCUAUCCUCGAGGGGCCAUGCCUUAUCGGUCGCAAUCCAGCAAGACUUCCAUCCGACAUACAAAAGGUCACCGCCGUGUACCGUCCACAGUACAAGGAGUACAAGGAUGUGAUCAUUUGCUCUAUAAAGGGCAAGGUGUCCGCAGCCUUCCCUUUAGCUGGUGGUGAUUAUGAUGGCGAUCGGGCUCUGCUGCAAUGGAGUCCGACCGUAGUGGAACCGUUCUCGAGGCCUUACGCGGAGGUCGUCCCGCCUCCCCCAAAUUUCAUAGAGGACCAUUUCGAUAGCGAGCCUGAAAAGGUUGCCGCUUUUCAUGAUCGCGUUGCUGCGAUGUCCUCCAGGGAGCGAAACCACGAGGUUAUCAAGGUCUUGUUACGGGCACUAAACGAUAGCAAGGUUGGCAAAUAUUCAAAUUUCCACGAUAAUGCCGUAUAUGCCUACGGUUAUGACGACCCUCGAUCCAUCCUUCUCGCAUACCUGUUCACGACUUUAUUGGACUCGAAUAAAUCCGGUCUCAGGCUCAAGCCUGGAAUCUUCGAACGCCACAUGAAGUCCUUCGAUCGGUCAAGGGCCCCGUGCAUGAAUGUCAAGGAUCAAGAACAAUUGACGCCCUACCUUCGCCGUCGGAAGGAUCUCCCUAUUUUCGUACUUGACCAUCUUCAGGAGGCGGGAAGGAACUUCAAAGAUGAACGUUUGGCUAAGUACGACCAGUUGAAAGCCUAUGGCCCUGCACACGACGAGGAGCUCUCUAUUCCUUGGAAUAGGCUGUGUAGUUUUGCCACCACCAUGGCACGCCCUGGACCGGACAAGCCACAUCCCACACCUGUCUUCCUUGAUGAAGUCGGCCGAGUCAGGGAAUUUGUGAAAGAACUUUUCGACGAAUGGCGCAAGACCUGCAGUUCCUAUCAUGAGGAGAAGAGGACCAGCCCGCGAAAGAAGACCAAGCAGUCUCCGUCUAAUCGGAGAUUCACCGAUAUCGCGAAACGUUUCGCAGACGGUCCGAAGGACAUUCCUUGCCUUGAAGAAUCCAACAAACUCGACAUCGUUAUGGCUUCAUGCCUCUACGAUUACGCCACGAAGAAUGGUGUGGUGGAAGGCAAAUCAUUGCGCUUUCCGUUCCAGGUCGCUCUCUCUGGGCUGUGUCGCAUAAAGGCGGAUGCGUCGGAGGAAGGGGUCGUCUCACUUAUUCGGUCCGUCGCCGACAGCUUGAACGCAAACCCAGCCAUGGUGCGGGUUCGGAGGAACAGACAGGCUCAGGACAGCGCAGAUUGACACUAGACUUCUGCUACCACUGCACGUGGAUAUUGCUACGAACACUGUCCCAUGAUUCCUCCUCAUUUUGUAAAAUGCUCUAGACUUCGUCAAGUUUUACCCUUUCUACUUGCAUUUCAUUCCAUCUGACCGUCCAUCGUCCUCUGUUUCGGUUUUGAUCUGCUCUCCAUUUUUCGGGCUUCGUCACGUCUCGUUACGUUUUCUCAUCUUUGUUUCGUUCGUCCGUUCCACCUCUCCCAUCUAUUCCGUAUCUCUUCGUGGAGUUAUUAAGGAUCUCUUUGUAUCAUUUCUUUUCAUUGCGUCUUCUCAGUCUUCCAUACCCCAAUCACUUCCAACCUGUACAUAUAGUCAAGCUUCACGGCCCUGCUCAUCUUCUACGACAUCUACC